AUGACAGCAAGUAAGAAGAGAGGGAGGGAGGAUGAUACAGAAGGCGUAAGGAGAGACGAUAAGACCAAGCUCCGAAUGAAGAAGUCAUCUAAGAAGCAUAAAGUGUCACACCAAGACGAUCUCACCACCAAUUAUGCCUACUCAUAUAACGUGGAGAACGACCGUGCCCCAAUCACCUAUCCAACAUCGUUCGAGCGAAACACCAAUACGGCGCAUCAUUCUGACCACCAUCAAAAUUUCCCUUCUAUCCAUCAUACUCCAUCAUUACCUAGUGUGACAGAUCAAUGUGCAGGUAUGCUGGUACAUAUGUCCAAAAAUUCUUCCUAUCCAUCAUCGACCACGACUUUCAGCUCGAUUCCACAGCCUUUUGGUUCCUCAACUACUGGUAGGGUCGAGCGAAAGAUCGAGUUGAAGAGAUCUUCAUCUUCAGAAGGGGAGGAAGGCGAUAAGAAGAAUCCUUAUGUGUUAGCUGAGAUGCAGGAAGAAGAUGCUUCUGUCUUACCCGAGGUCGAUAUAUCGUCCAAGGACCUACUGGCUCACAUUUAUGGAGAUCCAGGACCAAGAUCCGUAUUCAUCACACCCAUCAAAUUACCCAAGCUCAGUGAUCUAGCUAUCAACUCGCCCUCCUCCUCAUCCUCGGUAGAAUGCAGUUCGGACACUUCUGAUUCUACUUCCACGAAUACUUCCAGCAGCGAUUCAUCAGCAUCCUGUCAUUUGAUCAUUACUCCACACACCAGGGACAACAGUACCGAUGCUAUCGCCUUGGCGCACCAUACAGACAAGGAAGUGUCACCUGAACAAGAUCUAUGUAUGGAUAAUAGUAUAUUCAGGUAUGUCGGAAUUAACACUUUGGUAUGGUACCUUUUCAAAAGGUACUCAGCUAAUGAGACCAAACAGGCUGCUUUAAUUGAUCAACCCUUCAACGUCCCUUCUACAGUCUGCCCAAUUGAAAAAGAAAGUCUCGAUGCCGUCUUAGGGCCAUUACUGGAUCACUUCCGUAGGAAUUAA